AUGCCCGCGGGCCUCACCGGUGAACCGGCCGGCGCCGCUCCUCCCGCGGCCUCGGGGACCUUGACUAUGGCCCCAGCCGGAGCUCUGCCCGUCCGGCUGGAGAACACCCCGGUGAGCCUGGGCGCCGUGACGAAGGCUUCUGUCAGUGUCAGCGUGGAAUCCGUGGCGUCCCAGUCCCUGCCGUCCCCAGUGGGGACCCUAGUGACCAAAGUGGCUCCUGUCACUGCCCUUCCUAAACUCGGCGGCGGCCCUAGGCUGCCUGCUCCUCAGAUAGUCACCGUGAAAGCCCCCAGCACGACAAUCCAGCUGCCUGCUAAUUUGCAGCUUCCUCCAGGAACAGUUUUGAUCAAAAGUAACAGUGGUCAGUUGAUGCUGGUGUCUCCUCAGCAAGCUGUAGCAAGAACCGAGACCACAAGUACCCUCAAUCCAAGGCCAGCAAUAUCAGCAAGUACUCAAGCAGUCAAAAUCUGUGCAGUGCCGAAUUCUGGCUCACCGUUGCUCAAGAAAGUAGCAGUGGCACCUGUUAAAAAUGUGGCACAGAUAGGAACUACCAUAACAGCCACUGCUCCCAGUGCUUCCUCAGUACAGUCUGUGGCUGUGCCAACCAAUGUCAUCACGGUUGCUCCUACAAAGCUGCUGAACACUGUCACCACACUGAAGCCGUCAAGUUUGGGAGCAUCCUCCACCCCCUCAAAUGUGCCCAGUCUCAAAGCAGAGACCUCGGUGGUGGCUUCUCAGGCUAAUCUUUCUCCGGCAACACUGGAAAAUGUAAAGAAAUGCAAAAACUUCCUUUCAAUGUUAAUAAAACUGGCAUGUAGUGGAUCACAGUCUCCAGAAAUGGGGCAGAAUGUGAAGAAGCUGGUGGAGCAACUUUUGGAUGCAAAGAUCGACGCAGAAGAAUUUACUAAGAAACUGUAUGUUGAGCUCAAGUCUGCACCUCAGCCUCACCUCGUUCCUUUUCUUAAGAAAAGCGUGUUUGCCUUAAGACAACUACUUCCCAAUUCCCAGAGCUUCAUUGAGCAGUGUGUUCAGGAAACCUCCAGUCAGGUGGUCCUGGCCACCUGUACCACAACAGCAGCUGCGUCUCCUGUGGUAACAAGUACAGUUUCCUCAGUCCAGCCGGAAAAGCCCAUCCUUGUGUCUGGAGCACCACCACCCACGACCGUGUCCUUGCAGACUCUGAACACACUUGCUGGUCCAGGCGGAGCGAAGCCUGGCGUGGUGACACUACACACUGUGGGCCCAGCUGCGAUCGCAGGAGGAACAACCUCUGGGGCUGUUCUGCUUCAGACUUCCAAACCACUCGUGACUUCCGUACCAAAUACGGUGACGGCCGUCCCGCUGCAGCCCGAGAAGCCAGUUGUGUCUGGGGCGGCAGUCACGCUGGCUCUCCCACCGGUGGCGUUUGGAGAAACUUCAACCGCAGCUCUGUGUCUCGCACCCGUGAAAUCCGUUGUGACUUCGGCUGGCACCACAGCUGACAAGCCUGCUGUUGGUCCUCCAGUCCAGAUCACGCUUGCUCAGCCAGGCCCCCUCCUUCCCCAGACAGCUGGCAUGCCACAGGCAGUUAAAGUCAAGCAACUAGUAGUCCAGCAGCCUUCGGGAGGAAUUGCCAAACAAGUCAACACCAUUUCUCCUUCCUCAGCAUUGACUCUUCAGAAAUCUGUGCUGAAGAUGCCAGGGAACGCCGUCGUACCUACUCCUUCCAAUGUAAAGCAAAUUACUCUGCCUGGAAAUAAAAUUCUGUCUCUUCAAGCUCAAGCUUCUCUUCUUCAGAAAAACAAAGUAAGAGAGAAUGGAGCGCCAUGCCUCAGGGAUGAAGAUGACCUCAAUGAUGUGACUUCUAUGGCAGGGGUCAACCUCAGUGAAGAAAGUGCCUGUGUCUUAGGAACAAAUUCAGAGCUGGUGGGCAAACUCAUUCAGUCGUGUAAAGAUGAACCAUUUCUUUUCACCGGAGCUCUACAAAAGAGAAUUUUAGACAUUGGUAAAAAGCAUGACAUUACGGAACUUAACUCCGACGCUGUGAACUUGAUCUCCCAUGCAACACAGGAGAGAUUACGGGGCCUUCUAGAAAAGCUGACUACAAUUGCUCAGCAUCGAAUGACUACUUACAAGGCAAGUGAAAAUUACAUCUUGUCAAGUGAUACCAGGUCACAGCUCAAAUUUCUUGAAAAGCUGGAUCAAUUGGAGAAACAGAGAAAGGAUUUAGAAGAAAGAGAGCUGUUACUUAAAGCAGCCAAGAGUCGUUCCAAUAAAGAAGAUCCAGAACAGCUGAGAUUAAAGCAGAAAGCCAAAGAGUUGCAGCAGUUGGAGCUCGCCCAGAUGCAGCACAGAGAUGCUAAUCUCACAGCCCUUGCAGCUAUCGGACCAAGGAAGAAGAGAGCACUGGAAUCAGGAAAUGAGGGCUUCAAAGACAGCCCCUUGGCUUCUGGGACAUCCAGCCUGACAGCCACCAAAUCAUUGCUUCGUCCAAGAGUCACGAGGAUCUGUCUCAGGGACCUGAUCUUCUGUAUGGAGCAGGAGAGGGACAUGAAGUACUCUCGGGCUCUGUACCUCGCCCUUCUGAAGUGACCGCUGCUGUCCACGUAGAUCUCGCUGGUGGUGCACUGAGCACACUGGCGCUGCCACGCCCUCUGCUGAAGCCUCCCUUUGGGAAGCGCUCACCGAGGCGGAGGACCGCUGUUUACAGUUCCCGGCUCUACUGACUCUCACCGCGCGCUGUGGGUUCGCGCAGUGAGCGCUUUUCGGAAAUCAUCACGAAGGCCGUUCACGUCGACGUGGCGCCUGCCCACCUGUGCGUUGAAUUACAGCAAGCUCAGGCUCUCUCUUCACCACUGGCUUCCUAUGCCAAACUGAACUGCGAGGUAGGUGUCUUCCCUAACCCCGUCUGCGCUGAAGGGCUGGAGCAAAGGAGUCAGAGUGUAGUUCCUCCUGUAGUGAGCCUGUCCUGGUGUGAGGUUUCAUGGUCUGGAAUAGAAAGUGCUUACCUAGCUGGGGCAGUCAGCCCCUGUCGUUGAAGGUGACAGGCCUCAGUGUAGGAUCCAGUAGCGUCCUGGGUUGUCUGAGCCCCGGGAUUAUAAAGCAUCUCCCUGAAGCUGGGUUGGCUGUGCCCGAGGUGGCUGAGUCUCUUCACUCCAUGGCUGCUUCUGGACUGACCAGGGGCUCGUUCUUGUCAGGGAAACUUCAGGUUAAAGCUGCUGCCAAUAUACCUCAUAGAAACUGGGAGAGGUAGAAUGUACUAGGGAUGACAAGGCACUGAGUUCAGACUGAUAAGGGGACAAUGAAAACAGGGUCAUAAAUAGGAAAUGGGCUCCAGGAGCCCAAGGACGGAAGGUCACAGUUUGAAUGCUAAAACUGAUCCAUAAGUUGGUGAUUGAGAAAAACAACCCACAGCCCAAACCAAACAGGAAAAUAUAUCAUGUAUUUUCAAAUUGCAAUAUUUCAAAAGAAAAUAAUUUUUGUUUUGUGUUAUUUUAAAUCCCAAAAGGUUAUUUUUUGUGUGAUUAAAAAAAUAAAAAACAAUUUUAGCUCCCCUAAGUUUUAAGCAUCUUAAAAAAUCCUAUUUGAUAAUUAGACAUUUUAAGCAAUAGGAGCCCCCUUGGAUUGUGAACUUAGAGGGUCUCGAAGGUACUGUCCGCAUGUCAGUCUUGGAGAUGCAGUUCUGAAAGAGAGUGGCAUGUCACACCGGUCCUCUCUGAGGAAAGAGCUGAGAUGCACAGCGAACACUCCCCCUUCCUUCCCCGCUUUUAAAUCCCACAUGGACAGGUUGUAGCCAGCAAAAAAUAACUGGUCAUUAGAGCCGCAUUCAGAAAGAAAGCUGAGCCACUAGGACACUGACCCAAAGGGGAAGCACCUCGGGCGUGUGCCACGCCCCCCCCCCCCCCAUCGGGACGGUCAGGGCCUUGUUCUGUCGUACUGCAAGAGUUAAAUUGGCCACGGUUUUUAUUUUAACAAGUUAUUGUGUAAAAUGCCAUAAAUUAUGUAUGUGUUAAAAGUACUUUAAAAGCUCUAUAUAUGCCCAAAGUUGUUUUUGUAUAUCUAAAUGCUUAGCUUUAUUUUUUGUAAAGUGCAACAGACUCCCACAUUUGUGUAUAA